GUGUGUGUGUGUGUAUGUGUGUAUGACUGGGUCAUUUUGCUGUGCAGCACAAAUUGGCACAACAUUGUAAACCAACUAUAAUGUAAAAAUGAAAAAUGACAAAUAAUACUGUAAUAAUUUUGAUGACAAAUGGUUACUAAAAGUAUGGUGAUCAUGUCAUAAUGUAUUGAUUGUCAAAUCGCUAUGUCGUACACCUGAAACUAACAUAAUAUUGGAUGUCAACUAUACUUCCAUUAAAAAAUUAUCACAUGGACUGUUACAGUGGUUAGCAGUUUCCUUAUUCAGUGAGCCAAGAAAUAGAUCUAUAAUUUGGCAACAGGGAGCUGCAGUUUUCCCAUUUAAUUGGAAACUAAAGCAUGGACCCAAAAUGUAAGUUGUCAGAGAAGUGCAUAUGAGAUAGAAAUCAUAGGCAGGGGGUCUGUCUUCUUUCCUAGUUGGGAAUUUUUCUAAAGUGUAGGCUUCGUGAAAGCUAUUCUCAUAAUCUUUUAUGGAGUGGGUACCAAGUUUAGGGCUCCCUUUUCUCUGUUUUCCCUCAUACCUGAACAACUCUAGGGCUGGACAGAAUUGAGAAUUUGGAUUCUUCUCCCAUGUUUUGGGUCAUUGGAUACAUUUCUCAGCUUUCUGAUUUGUAAAGUUAGAACAUAAUUCUUCAGUGUUCAUUUGAUAACCUGACUUCCUGCUCUGUGUAAGGGCCUGACUAGGAGCUACAGAGACUGGGCAGAUAUAAGAUAGCCUAUCUUCUCAAGGAACUGUUACUCCAGGAGGAUAUUAGUUUGCUGUUUUCUGAGUUGACAGGAUAGAAGCAAAGGCUGGCCCUUCUCCGGCAGCGUUUAGCUACCACGCCUAUUGAAGGGAUUUACAGGCUCAAGUCUGUUUACUGUAUAGACAACUGCUGACCACCAGCUCUCCUGAUCCCUUGGGAAACUUCAGAGCUGCCCAGGCAGGUGGACAUUCUGUUCAGUGCAUCUGCCACAAAGACCAUACUCAGGAGUUCCCACUAAUCACAAUAAUUUCCAAAGAGCAGUAAGUAAACUAAUUAAAAGAAAUGUUCAAGGUAAUAAAAAAUUCUGAGUAUGUUUAAUUUGCUCCAAACUAUUUUUAAAAAUAGAAGAAACCAAUGCUGCUUCAAAAUACUGUUUGGGGAUGUUCUUUUCUUCUCCCCAGAAUGGCUUAAGAAAGAUAAUGUAAAUCACAUUUUUUAAAAUUAAAUGAAAUGCCUGUUUAUGUUCAGUGUAUAUUCUAAAUUUCUACUAUUGUUCACUUUCUUUAUUCUAAUACAUGGAGGGGAGAUAUUAUACCCAGCCUUCCAUGGGGCCUCGAAUUCAUUCAUUCUUUCUCUCUUUCAUUCAUUCAGUAUUUGAGUGCCCACUUCAUGCCAUGUCCUGGGAACACUUUGGAAAUACUCCUUCCCAUUUGAUCGACUUUCUCCAGACAUGUGGAAAAUGGCUCUUUUUCUUCAACUAGCGAGUUGCACUUCAGAGUGAAGAUAAAGUCAUUUUCUCCUUGUCUUUGGUUGCUUGAUUUUAUCAGUGUUUUCCACCAUCCCUGAGCACACAAAAUUGGCCUCAAGUUGCCUCUUGAUUCUGGAGUUCGUGAUGAUUGUCGUCUUUGGUUUGGAGUUCAUUAUUCGCAUCUGGUCUGCAGGCUGCUGUUGCCGAUAUAGAGGAUGGCAAGGAAGACUAAGAUUUGCCCGGAAGCCCUUCUGUGUUAUAGAUACCAUUGUUCUUAUCGCUUCGAUUGCAGUUGUUUCUGCAAAAACUCAGGGUAACAUUUUUGCCACGUCUGCACUGCGAAGUCUCCGCUUCCUGCAGAUCCUCCGCAUGGUGCGCAUGGACCGGCGAGGGGGCACCUGGAAGUUACUGGGCUCCGUGGUUUAUGCUCACAGCAAGGAAUUAAUCACAGCGUGGUACAUAGGAUUUUUGGUUCUUAUUUUUUCAUCUUUCCUUGUUUAUCUGGUGGAAAAGGAUGCCAAUAAGGAGUUUUCUACAUAUGCAGAUGCUCUCUGGUGGGGCACAAUAACAUUGACAACGAUUGGCUAUGGAGACAAAACCCCCCUGACUUGGCUGGGAAGGCUGCUCUCUGCAGGCUUUGCACUCCUUGGCAUUUCUUUCUUUGCACUUCCUGCAGGCAUUCUUGGCUCAGGUUUUGCAUUAAAAGUGCAAGAACAGCACCGCCAGAAACACUUUGAGAAAAGAAGGAACCCGGCUGCCAACCUUAUUCAGUGCGUUUGGCGGAGUUAUGCAGCCGACGAGAAAUCUGUCUCCAUUGCAACCUGGAAGCCGCACCUGAAGGCCUUGCACACCUGCAGCCCCACCAAGAAAGAACAAGGGGAAGCAUCAAGCAGUAAGUUCUAUAGUCAUAAGCAGAAGCUCUUCAGAAUACACACCACACGGAAGCAGAGUCAGAAGCUCAGCUUUAAGGAGCGCGUGCGCAUGGCCAGCCCACGGGGCCAGAGCAUUAAGAGCAGACAAGCCUCAGUGGGUGACAGGAGGUCCCCAAGCACAGACAUCACCGCCGAAGGCAGCCCCACCAAAGUGCAGAAGAGCUGGAGCUUCAACGACCGGACCCGCUUCCGGCCCUCGCUGCGCCUCAAAAGUUCCCAGCCAAAACCAGUGAUAGAUGCUGACACAGCGCUUGGCACCGAUGAUGUGUAUGAUGAUAAAGGAUGCCAGUGUGAUGUAUCAGUGGAGGACCUCACCCCACCACUUAAAACUGUCAUUCGAGCUAUCAGAAUUAUGAAAUUUCAUGUUGCAAAACGGAAGUUUAAGGAAACAUUACGCCCAUAUGAUGUAAAAGAUGUCAUUGAACAGUACUCUGCUGGUCAUCUGGACAUGUUGUGUAGAAUUAAAAGCCUGCAAACACGUGUGGAUCAAAUUCUUGGAAAAGGGCAAAUCACAUCAGAUAAGAAGAGCAGAGAGAAGAUAACGGCAGAACACGAGACCACAGAUGACCUCAGUAUGCUUGGCCGGGUGGUCAAGGUUGAAAAACAGGUUCAGUCCAUCGAGUCCAAGCUGGACUGCCUGCUGGACAUAUAUCAGCAGGUCCUCCGGAAAGGCUCUGCCUCAGCCCUCACUCUGGCCUCCUUCCAGAUCCCACCUUUUGAAUGUGAACAGACCUCUGACUAUCAAAGCCCUGUGGACAGCAAAGACCUGUCCAGCUCCGCACAGAACAGCGGCUGCUUGUCCCGAUCAGCCAGUGCCAACAUCUCCCGAGGCCUGCAGCUCAUUCUGACCCCCAAUGAGUUCAGCGCCCAGACUUUCUACGCGCUGAGUCCUAUGCACAGUCAAGCGACACCGGUGCCCGCGAGUCAAGGCGACGGCCCAGCGGCGGCGGUCACCCACAGCAUCGCACACCAAAUAAACGCGCCGUCCAAGCCCGCGGCCCCAGCCACUUUGCAGAUCCCGCCUCCUCUCCCCGCCCUCAAGCACCUGCCCCCCAACCCCGUGGGCCUGCAGGAGAGCAUUUCCGAGGUCACCACCUGCCUUGCUGCCUCCAAGGAGAAUGUUGCGGCUGCGCAGGCAAACCUGACCAAGGACCGCUCUCUGCGCAAGAGCUUCGACCUGGGCGGAGAAACGCUGCUGUCCGUCCGCCCCGUGGUACCCAAGGACCUGGGCAAGUCUCUGUCUGUGCAAAACCUGAUCCGAUCGACGGAGGAACUGAAUACACAGCUUUCAGGGAGCGAGUCGAGUGGCUCCAGAGGCAGCCAAGAUUUUUACCCCAAGUGGAGGGAAUCCAAAUUGUUCAUAACUGAUGAAGAGGUGGGUCCGGAAGAGACCGAGACGGACGCUUUUGAUGCGGCGGCGCCGCCCUCCAGGGAAGCUGCCUUCGCGUCAGACUCUCUCAGGACUGGAAGAUCCCGAUCAUCUCAGAGCGUUUGUAAGGCAGCAGAAAAUACAGACGCCCUCAGCUUGCCCCACGUCAAGCUCAAAUAAGUUCUUCGUUUUCUUUCUAGGCCUAGCAGUUCCUUUAGCCAUACAUAUCGUUGCAUGAACUCUUUCGAAAGCCCUUCUACAAAGUUGAAUUGCAGGAAUUGGGAAGAACAUGAAAGGCAGUUUAUAAGCCCGUUAUCAUUUAAUUGCAUGAAAAUGCAUGUUUAGGGGAUGGCUGAAAUUCCAAGGUACGACACAACAUUCAGCCACUCAUUUAGGAACGUACCUUGAGUUAAAAAUCCUGAGAAACCAAACACUGCUAAUGCUGUGGGGUGUGUGAAAAGGUCAAGGUUAGGUCCUUUAGAAGAUUUGACCCUGUACUUUGAAAUGAUAAGCGUAAAAUACCUUCAGAUUUCAGGCAUUUCUGCUUUGUAAUAAAUACAAAAUACAUUUUCAAAAUUAAGUCGCCAUGUAUAUUUUCACACAAUGGCUACCAUCAGCAGCUGCUAACCAGGUACCCAGUAAAGCAGGAUUGGGGAAUCAUAGAAAUGGCUGCUCGUUUCAAGAUGAUUUGCCAACCCAUUCCUAUCCAUUAUUACUAAUGUCAUUUGAAUGUCAAUUUGUGUGCUUUUGGUGAUUUAACGCUGUGGCAAGCGAUUUUGCACAUGAUUUUCGUGUUUUUUAUGACGAGAAUGUUCUUCAGUUAGCAAAUGUGCAAAUAAUGCAAUUCAGGGCCAGUGGGGCAAAUAGACUGACUCUUUGACACCUCUGGCUCCAUGGAAACAUAUUCCCUGAUGGCUGACUCAACUUUAUAAGUGGUCAACUGACACACAGGCCAAUGAAAUCCUGGGCAGUGGACUGGCCAAUGGGAUGGGCUGAUCUGCCCACAGUGCUGCCCACGGAAGGGGGGUGCUGGUGAGAGGCUUUUCCCACCAGGCCAAGGCACAGACAGGAUCCGGGGGAAGGAGACGUGGGUGAGACUGACAUGGGAAAGGCUUGAAAAGAAUCCAGACACAGCAUCAGGAAAGGAGUGCAGUUCAAGGACUUCCCCCUCAAAGGGCAGCAAGAGGGAGAGAAACAAGCCAAAAGAAAAGAACUUGAUUUUCUAGAAAACGAGUAUUACCAGGGAAUUCAACUCCCUCAACAUCCCUUAUUCUUAUAUAUAUAAGCAGAGAAUUUGCCAGGUAUUUAUUUUUCAAUAUGCCCUGAAUGUUUUUUGCUAUUAUGUAGUAUGUUUUGCAUAUGAAAGGCUAAAACUAAACCUCCUCCACUUUUUUAUACUGUAGUGAACAUUUUCUAUUCUCCCCGAGAAUGUUGCCCCCCAAUCUGAAAUUAUUGGUUCCGUUUCCUGGUACAAAAACAUAGUUAGAAGCCAGGUAACACAGGUAGGGUCUACAAAUCAAAACACUUCCUACUGUAGCAUAAUAUAGCAUGACAGCCAAAAGAUCAAGAGAAACAAAAUGAAAAACGUAUUUACCGGAAAGCAAGCAAAGCUGACUGCUUGUUAGAAAGCAGCCUGGCUCUCCCCAAGCGUUGGGACUUCAGCCCGGGUCACGGCACUCAAAAGGCCAGGAGACGCGAGUGAGCGCUUCAGUUAAACCAGCCAUAGAAGAGGUUUCUCCUUGCUGGCUAGUGCUGCCUCUGGAGAAACUUUUCCAGCAGCAGGGAGGAAUGAAGAGGGCCGUCCAAAGGCAGGGCGAGGCCCUGAAAUCUGCUAAGUCCUUCCCACUCUCUCCCCGAGCCGGCUUUCUCCGACCCUGUCUACUCCUACCUUUUUCCUCCGUGAAUGGCAUAUGGACUCGCUGCCACAAGUUACCUUCCGGACUUUGCCAGGCCUUCAGCAGCCUCCGUGCCCAAGUAAAGCACUUCUCCACUCUACCUAAAACGUGCUUCACAACCUUUUAAGAUCCUUGUCCUUUUUGAUACACACGGAAAUUUGGAAGGCUGGAUUCUAGCACUCCAAACGCACCCACCUGGAUUCUAGCACACUUCCCAGGAGUGUAUCAUUCAGAGUCUGCCCGGCUGCUGGAGACACACAGAAGUUAGGUUCUGAAUUUCACACUCCAGUUAAAAAGAUUUUAUCAAGCUUUUGAAGCCAUGAUUUUCAGUUUUGCAACAUGGAAGUUUAGUAAGAGUUUAGUAAAGUAUUAAAUGCAAUUUUUCAUCUACCCAUGUCUCCACUCAACUUGAAGUUGUGAUCCACUCUCUCGAGGCUGUACACAAGAACACACACACACCCCCUCCCCAACCUAAAGCCAGACACCACCCCCCCACCCCACCCCCACCCCCACCAUGCACAGCAGGCUGUCUCCAAAUAUUAGUUGAGAAAGGGAAGGCAGUGGCAACUUUCAGGGAGCACUGAUUCUUGGACAUAUUCUGUCCUGGGUCAAACCCCACUGGCAGCAGGAACUCUGAAUGUACUGGGGACCCCUCCUCAGGCCUCUUUAGGCAUUAGACACGGUACAGUUCAUCCAGCGUUGCUGAAGACUGAAGUUUCAAAACAAAACCUAAGCCCAUCACUGAGGGUUAAUCACAGCCAAAUGUGGUGAACCAUGUUGUGAAAAUCUUUCAUGCCUUGAAGCUGUGACCAUUUUGUGUCUAUCUUAACCCUAGCACAAAAAUUCUUGGAUGUUAAAAGCUAGUCAUAUUGUGUGAAAACUGUAGGGUUCCAUCUGCUAUGUGACCCUCGAUGAAGUCGGCAGGGGUCCUCCACUUACACUUAGCAAAAUCCCUUUGGUCAAUCCUGGACGGUGUCUUGAAGCACAAUUUAGCUGAGCACUGAUCAGCCACCAGCUUCUUUCUCAGUCCAAGUUUGUCUGCCUUCUUCAGUAUGUAAGGUUGAUCAAGCUAAUGCUUCAUUACAAACAUCCCUUCUAUGAGGUUACCGAAAAAAAGUUCGCUAUGUCUGAUCUAAAUGUUUGCUUUGUCUUCGAUUAAAUUAAUAUCUGUAGAUUGCAAGUUUUGUUUCAAGUAAGACACUUCAAUGAGUUUUAAAGUCUUGAUCUCCUGUUCUAAGGUGCCUUUCUCACCUCCCAUUGACUCAGUGAUUCUGAAAGUUCUUAAUUUGCAGGUAAAACAAGUUUGACAGAGAGGAGGAAAUCAGGCACAAAAGUGGCUAAUUCUCAUGUCCGUUUGCAGAGCAAAACCACAAGGACUGAUGAAACCCGAGCGACUAAAUUAAUGGGUCACUUCAUCCAGAUUGAGAAAGUAUCAUAAAUAUUAACGUAUCUCCCCAGAAGCUGAUAUUUUUUGCCUUAAAAAUGACAUGGUUGUGUUUUUGUAAAAGAAACUUAAUUUAAUAUAAUUUUGUGCAUUUAAGUGAGCAGUUCUAGAAGUCAUGUGUGACAAUGCAAUUGUCUGUUUCCUGAAAACAAAUAAAUCAGGAAUAUCAUAUCCAUUUCAGGCUACCAUUCAAAUGUAAUUUCCUUUGCUCUCUUUUAUGGGGAUUAUUUGUUUUCAAGUAAAACAUUAAAAAGAUGUCUCUAAA